UUUAGCGGAGCGUGGGGUGGGAGAAAGGGUGGUGUUCCGUACCAAUAGCGCCUCAGCGUUCAGGGUUGGCCCUGGGCGGUACCCUCACUCGUCUGGACCCGGGUGCUGCUUCCGGCUGCGCUAGGAGGUCGCGCAGGCAGGAGGCCUCGGUCGGAAGGGAGGGAACGGCAGCAUCCAGGGGACAACAUGCCAACUGCCAAGCAACUAGCCGACAUUGGCUACAAGACCUUCUCCACCUCCAUGAUGCUCCUCACUGUUUAUGGGGGCUACCUCUGCAGCGCCCGAGUCUACCACUAUUUCCAGCGGCGCAGCUCCCAGCGCCAGGCUGCAGAAGAACAGAAGACCUCGGGAGUCCCGUAGAACUGGGGGGCUUUUUACCUUGAGCAGAGAGACCUGAGGCAUGUUGUGGAAAGACCUCACCUGCAAUCAUUUCUGAGUCAAGAGGAUCAGGGCCUUAAUGGUUUUCGAACUCUGCUGGGAAAAAGUGCCCAUGUUUUCUCUGGUAGUCAGUUUGGAGAGGCUAUUGAAUCAUAACAGGAAUGGGAGGGUGAGGCACACCUACAGACAUUAAAUAUUUUGCCAUGUCAAAAAAAAUC